GAAGAUGUGCGCAUAAUGAAGAAUAUGGGGAUGGAUGCCUACAGGUUUUCCAUCUCCUGGAGUAGAAUUCUUCCAAAUGGAAGUCUGAGUGGUGGAGUCAACAGAGAAGGCGUCAGGUACUACAACAAUUUGAUUGAUGAGCUCCUGCUGAGAGGGGUGCAACCAUUUGUGACUCUUUUUCACUGGGACACACCUCAGGCAUUAGAAGAUAAAUACGGGGCAUUCCUUAGUCCUAACAUCAUCAAUGACUACAAGGACUACGCUGAGGUCUGCUUUAAAGAGUUUGGUGACCGAGUGAAACACUGGAUCACGUUCAAUGAGCCCUGGAGCUUCUGCACAACUGGGUAUGCAUCUGGCAUGUUCGCUCCAGGACGGUGCUCGCCAUGGGAGCAGGGCAAGUGCAGUGCUGGGGAUUCAGGAAAGGAGCCUUACACUGUAUGUCAUCAUCAAAUACUCGCCCAUGCAGAGACAGUUCGGUUGUAUAAAGAAAAAUACCAGGCCGCGCAAAAGGGAAAUAUUGGAAUAACAUUAGUUUCGAACUGGUUUGUUCCCUUUUCCCGUUCGAAAUCGAACGAUGAUGCAGCGAGGCGUGCCAUUGACUUCAUGCUUGGAUGGUUCAUGGACCCCCUUACUAGAGGAGAUUACCCGCUAAGCAUGAGAACAAUAGUUGGGAAUCGGUUGCCACAGUUCACAAAGGAACAAUCCGAGCUGGUCAAGGGUGCAUUCGACUUUAUUGGCCUAAACCACUACACUACAAACUAUGCUGACAACUAUCCUCCAUCAAAUGGCCUCAAUGUAACCUAUGACACUGACGCCCGUGCCAAUCUUACUGGUAUUCGAAAUGGUGUCCCAAUAGGUCCUCAGGCUGCUUCAUCUUGGCUCUUCGUAUACCCUCAAGGCUUCCGUGAGUUGCUGCUUUAUGUUAAGGAAAACUAUGGCAAUCCUACCGUCUAUAUCACUGAAAAUGGCAUCGACGAAGAUAACAACCAGAGCCUUUCUCUCCAGGAAGCUCUGAAGGAUGACGCCAGGAUAGAGUUCCACCGCAAGCACCUCCUUGCGCUGCAGAGCGCCGUAAGCGACGGGGCGAACGUGAAGGGGUACUUCGCGUGGUCGCUUCUGGACAACUUCGAGUGGGCGAGCGGCUACACGGUCCGCUUCGCGAUAAACUUCGUGGACUACAACGACGGGCUGAAGCGGCACCCCAAGAGUUCCUCACACUGGUUCACGGAGUUUCUGAAGAAGUGA